CAAACACGUUGACGUGUCAGCUGGCGUAUAUUCAACUUUACAUUACAGGUUACGUGUAUAUGCAUGACAGAAAACAUUUCGUGAUAUAAAGGAACUUGGCUGCAACAUUUAACCAAAAAUGAACCAAGUUUCUGAAUUUACUGUCCUAAGACGUCUGCAUGCACUAUCGCCGUUAUUUCGGCAGGGUUGCUCUGAGGAGAUGAGUAAUCACCGUAAUUAAGGAACUGCAUGCUACCAUCUCAGCCAUCAUCAGCCAGGAAUCCUUAGCGCAAACUGUCUUCAGUCAAUGUUUUGUUCACAUUCACUGCGUGGAGACGAAAAAGUACUUCAACGCCGUGGACCCACUAGAACUACAAAAACUAAACGCUACACGUUUUUACUGCAUUAACUCGGUUUCACUAAAUUAUUUCACAAAUAUGGAAUCUGAUUGUAAAGAAAAUGGGGAAGAUAGUAAACGUUGGAGUACCCUGCAGAAAGUCACGUUGAUGAACGGUUGUCUCACCAACAUCAUUUUAUUCGGCUGUUAUUCCGUGCUCCAGCCAUUCCUGAGAGACGAGGCUGUAGCAAAGGGUCUUUCGUUAACUUCUGCGGGGGCCAUAUUCGGGUGCUAUGAAGUCGCCAAAAUCAGCUGUACUCUUUUCAUAGGGACUCGGUUAUCUCUGAUAGGAGCCAGGUGGUGUUACUGGGUCGGCCUGGUAGUGCUUGGAUCCAGCUCUUUUCUGUUUGGAUUUCUAGGAGAAAUAAAGUCUGGCCAAUGGUUUCUUGGGCUCGGAAUAGCGGUUCGUGUGAUGGAAUCAGUCGGAGCAGCAAUGACAAUAACAGCAAACUACGCUAUAAUAACCAGAGAGUUUAGGAAAGAGACGGCCACGGCCUACGGGUUCUUAGAAAUGUCAUUUGGGCUUGGGAUAGUCUUCGGCCCUUUGGCAGGUGGCGGCCUCUAUCAACUGGGCGGCUUCGGGUGGCCUUUUUUUGUAUUUGGUCCUGCUGCUGUUAUUUUAGGUGUCUGGGCAUUUUUCACAUUGCCCGACGACGACAAGAACGAAAAAUCUUCGCAACACGGUCAGGUGCUGCAGAUAUUGAAGAAGCCUGUCGCUGUAUUAGAAUACAUGGCGGUGUUUAUAAUGUAUUUCGGAAUCGGGUCCUUAUCCCCUACACUUGGGCGCCACUUGGAAAACGUGGACAGCAGCUUAGAGGGCAACCACGUGAUGAUCGGUCUUGCGUUUUCUCUGAUAGGCUUAACAUACACAUUCACCGUGCCCCUAUUUGGACUAGUAUCCAAUAAAUUGAACCGCAAUAAAGUGCAGGUUAUUGUUGGACUCUUUGUGUGUACAUUAGGUUAUACUCUAGUGGGGCCCUGGAUUCCAGUUACGAGUCUGUACCCUAAUGGUGAGGGGGCGUCGUGGAGUAUAUACCUAGGAAGUUGCACUCUUGGGAUAGGCUCGGCGUGUACCAACGUAGCAGUAAUGGCAGACCGUUUAUUAGAUGCAACUGCCUCGGGCUUACCAGAUGAUAUGACCACGUACGGGAGUCUGUCAGCCACUUUUGAAGCGUCUGGGGGAAUAGGGGACUUCACUGGUCCUAUCUUCGGAGGAAGUGUCUUGGACAACUAUCCUUUCAGCACAUUAUCAGGUGUGCUUACGGGUCUUUGUCUGGGGGAUGUGAGCGUCCUGUUGAUGUACCUUACAAUCGCCCUUGCUGUAUGUGGAAAAAAAUCGGGAUACUCGGAGGACGAAAAGAUCAAGUAAGAAGAAUCAAA